GGGAUUGUGGAAGACGUAUUGGUGAAAGUCGAGGGGUUUAUCUUCCCGGCUGAUUUCAUGGUCCUUGACAUGGAGGAGAAUAAAGAGGUCCCACUAAUUUUGGGUCGUCCGUUUCUUGCUACCGGGGGAGCGUUGAUUGAUGUGAAGAAUGGCGCCGAGCUUACUCUCCGGGUUGACGAAGAGAGCAUCACAUUUUCCAUAUAUCAAGCAAUGAAGAAUAAUGAUGAGGAUG